AUGCGUCUGUUCAACAUUCUCCUGGCCGCAACGGCACUGGCCACUGGAUCUGAUGCUCGCCCUAUGAAGGUGCCCACACAAGACAUUGCUCGCAAACGAGAUGCAGAUUUUGAAAGCGUGCGAACUCGCCUCACCAAAGACUACAGCGGCAAGCGUGGCGAUCCGAAGGACAAGUACUUCCACGAAUCAACAUUCCACCCCCACAUGGACGGUCGAUUUGGUGACAGAGUCCUGAGCUAUGAUGACCGUCGUUCAAAUCUCACCACACUCAUGCAAACAUACCUCUCGACCAUGAACGAUAUUGGAGCAGAAACUUGGAUCAUGCACGGAAGUCUUCUUGGAUGGUUCUGGAACAGGAAGAUCAUGCCUUGGGACUCGGAUGUUGAUGUUCAGAUGACCGAAAAGUCGAUGGAGCACUUGAGUGACUUCUACAACAUGACCGUUCACCACUACAAGCUGCCCGACUUCCCCGAAGGCCGCGACUACAUGCUCGAGAUCAACCCACAUUGGAGAAACUUCAGCACGACUGAUAGACUCAACGUUAUUGACGCUCGCUGGAUUGACAUGAGCAACGGCCUGUUUAUUGACAUCACCACACUGCACCGCAACACGACUGCUGAAGCCCUAGGCAUCGAGGGAGCCAUGAUGUGCAAAGACAGGCAUCACUUCAACUUCACCGACAUCUUCCCUCUGCGCGAGAGUGUGUUUGAGAACACCCCUGUCAAGGUCCCGUACGCCUACACCGACCUUCUUGCAGAAGAGUACGGCUCCAAGGCCUUGGUCAAGACAACAUUCGAGAAUCACCACUUUGACCAGCAAAAGAUGGAAUGGAUUCCUCUCACCAAUCCAACGACUCUCAAUGGAGCGACCGGUGGUGGCAGGCCCAACAACAAGGUCAUCUACACACAUAAAGGUAGACCCGUCGGCGGCUCGGCUACACCAAACACACCAGCAGUCAAUGUCGACGCUUCUGCUGUACAAGGCCAACCUCGACCCAACCAACCGAUCACACAUCCUCAUAACCUGGCCCCGUUACCACCUUCGUGA